UCUCUCUCUCUCUCUUUCUUUUUCUCUCCCCUCUAGUCUCUAUACUUAGCUGCCUCGCUUUUGCUCCUUUUUACCUCUUUCUUCAUCUCCUUUGCAAAUGAGAAAAACCCAAACUCUUUUCCCCAACCAUUACCAUCUCAUGAACAAUCUCAAAGGAGGCUCUCUCUACUCAGAGAGCCUACCAAUCUAACUCUUAUCCCAUUUUUUUUUACAUUUUUCUCCAUCUGGGUCUCUACUAUUUCCGUCAAAGUUUCGAUUUUUAUUUUGUAAACCCCUCUCUCUCUCUCUCUCUCUCUGUGAUUUUCUUUUGAAGUUAUGAUGGCUCACUCCAUGGACGAUAGAGACUCUCCUGACAAAGGUUUUGAUUCCGGCAAGUACGUUAGGUACACGCCAGAGCAAGUUGAAGCUCUUGAGAGAGUUUAUGCUGAGUGUCCUAAACCUAGCUCUCUUCGUAGACAACAGCUUAUUCGUGAAUGUCCCAUUCUCUGUAACAUCGAGCCUCGACAGAUCAAAGUUUGGUUCCAGAAUCGCAGAUGUCGAGAGAAGCAGAGGAAAGAGUCAGCUCGUCUUCAGACAGUGAACAGGAAGCUGAGUGCCAUGAACAAGCUUUUGAUGGAAGAGAAUGACCGUUUGCAGAAGCAAGUCUCCCACUUGGUUUAUGAGAAUGGAUUCAUGAAACAUCGAAUUCACACUGCUUCUGGGACGACCACAGACAACAGCUGUGAGUCUGUGGUCGUGAGUGGUCAGCAACGUCAGCAGCAAAACCCAACACAUCAGCAUCCACAGCGUGAUGCUAACAACCCAGCUAAUCUUCUCUCGAUUGCGGAGGAGACCUUGGCAGAGUUCCUUUGCAAGGCUAGAGGAACUGCUGUCGACUGGGUCCAGAUGAUUGGGAUGAAGCCUGGUCCGGAUUCUAUUGGCAUCGUAGCUGUUUCACGCAACUGCAGUGGAAUAGCAGCACGUGCCUGUGGCCUCGUGAGUUUAGAACCCAUGAAGGUCGCUGAAAUCCUUAAAGAUCGUCCAUCAUGGUUCCGUGACUGUCGAUCUGUCGAGACUCUGAAUGUUAUACCCACUGGAAACGGUGGUACUAUCGAGCUUGUCAACACUCAGAUUUAUGCUCCUACAACAUUAGCAGCAGCUCGUGACUUUUGGACGCUGAGAUAUAGCACUACUCUAGAAGAUGGAAGCUAUGUGGUUUGUGAGAGAUCACUCACUUCUGCAACUGGUGGCCCUAAUGGUCCGAUGUCUUCAAGCUUUGUGAGAGCCAAAAUGCUGUCAAGCGGGUUUCUUAUCCGUCCUUGUGAUGGUGGUGGUUCAAUUAUUCAAAUUGUUGAUCAUGUUGACUUGGAUGUCUCAAGUGUUCCUGAAGUCCUCAGGCCUCUCUAUGAGUCUUCCAAAAUUCUUGCUCAGAAGAUGACCGUCGCUGCUCUGAGACAUGUGAGGCAAAUUGCUCAAGAGACUAGUGGAGAAGUUCAGUACAGUGGUGGACGCCAGCCUGCAGUUUUAAGAACUUUCAGCCAAAGACUCUGCCGUGGUUUCAAUGAUGCUGUUAAUGGUUUUGCGGAUGAUGGAUGGUCUCCAAUGAGUAGUGAUGGAGCAGAGGAUAUUACGAUCAUGAUUAACUCUUCCUCUGCUAAAUUUGCUGGCUCUCAAUAUGGUAGCUCAUUUCUUCCAAGUUUUGGAAGCGGUGUCCUCUGUGCCAAAGCUUCUAUGCUGUUGCAGAAUGUUCCACCCCUUGUACUGAUCCGUUUCCUGAGAGAACACCGAGCUGAAUGGGCAGACUAUGGGGUUGAUGCCUAUUCUGCUGCAUCUCUCAGAGCAACUCCUUUUGCUGUUCCGUGCGUCAGGACUGGUGGGUUCCCUAGUAACCAAGUCAUUCUUCCUCUCGCACAGACACUCGAACAUGAAGAGUUCCUCGAAGUGGUUAGACUAGGAGGUCAUGCUUACUCACCCGAAGACAUGGGCUUAUCCCGGGAUAUGUAUUUACUGCAGCUUUGCAGCGGCGUUGAUGAAAAUGUAGUUGGAGGUUGUGCUCAGCUUGUUUUUGCCCCUAUCGAUGAAUCAUUUGCUGAUGAUGCACCUUUGCUUCCUUCUGGUUUUCGUGUCAUACCACUCGAACAAAAAACAAAUCCGAAUGAUCAUCAAUCUGCAAGUCGAACACGGGAUCUUGCGUCAUCUCUAGAUGGUUCCACCAAAACUGAUUCAGAAACAAACUCCAGAUUGGUCUUAACCAUAGCCUUCCAGUUCACAUUUGAUAAUCAUUCAAGAGACAAUGUUGCUACAAUGGCGAGACAGUAUGUGAGGAAUGUUGUUGGUUCGAUCCAGAGAGUAGCUUUAGCCAUUACCCCUCGUCCUGGCUCAAUGCAACUUCCCACUUCCCCUGAGGCUCUCACCCUUGUCCGUUGGAUCACUCGUAGUUACAGUACUCAUACAGGUGCAGACCUGUUUGGAAGUGAUUCUCAAUCCUGUGGAGGUGACACAUUGCUUAAGCUACUCUGGAACCAUUCUGAUGCCAUAUUGUGCUGCUCCCUCAAAACUAAUGCGUCACCGGUAUUCACAUUUGCAAACCAAGCCGGAUUAGACAUGCUUGAAACAACGCUCGUGGCACUUCAGGAUAUAAUGCUCGACAAAACUCUAGAUGACUCUGGUCGGAAAGCUCUUUGCUCCGAAUUCGCAAAGAUCAUGCAGCAGGGAUAUGCUAAUCUUCCGGCGGGAAUAUGCAUGUCGAGCAUGGGGAGACCAGUUUCGUAUGAGCAAGCGACGGUGUGGAAGGUUGUUGACGACAACGAAUCGAACCACUGUUUGGCUUUCAUCCUCGUGAAUUGGUCGUUCGUUUGAAGAAUGAAUGAAAAUGGUUUGAUUAUGUUUAGAUAUUAAAGUUAGGAUGCUGUUUUUUCGGCUAAGGGUAUGUUAAGUUAGACGGUCCAUAAUAACUCAAUAUGUAAUAUGGGGAAAAAAUGUGAUCUCUUUAAUCAGUUAUGAUGACUUUAUCUAUGUAUGACGACGACAUUAUCUAUUUUGUGCUUAUGUUAUUUUUAGUAAUGUUUCGAAUUUUUUCUUUAA